GAACAAGUCGUUUUCAAAGUCACAUGAUUGAAGCUGGACGAGUAAACGGAGAGUUGUGACCGCAGAGCUUCACUCUCAGCGUUGCUCAACAAAACCCCUCUGAUAAACACACACACACGAACAAAGCUAUUCUCCUCCCGAAAAAAACACACAGACUUUUCUCUCUCUCUCUUUUUUUGCGGGGGUGGAUUUUAAUGAAGGAUAAUAAAAAACACAUUUCUUGAGACUUUUGGUUGCAAUACCAUUGAAGUACAAGCCAGCAUCUGUUUUUUUCAGGGCCCCAAACCGGGACCGGUCUGGACCACCCACAUGGGGUGUAACACAGCCCAGUGGCCUGUAGAGUAUUCUAGGUAGUUUCACCGGUGGCAGUGACCCGCUGGGAUGUUACGGAAGAGCAGUGACACUGGAGGAGGAAGAGGAGGAGGAGGAGAGAGUAAUACUAAACAGACCAAACAGCAUCGCUCCAGCUCCACCCAGGGCCUGUCUCGCUUCUCCAACCCCAACACAGGGUCACCGUCGACUGGGUCGACAAAGACCUCGGACAUGGGCCGGAGCUCCAGGCCUCCUCUGGGGAGUGUGGGGCUGGGGUUCACCGUGGCAGGAGCGCCUGGGGCGGAUCCGGACUACGUCAUGCAGCUGUUGAACGACGUGCGGAGGUUUGCAGACGUGCUGCUCAGCCUUAAAGAAACCUGCCACUCUAAAGAGUCCCGUGAUGCUCUCCCUCAGCGGGUACAGGAGAGGUUGGGAGAGCUGCUGCGAGUUCUCAAGUCUGUCAUCGGUAAACACCACACCCUCAACUCUGUAGACAUCCUCAGGGCCGCUGGCUCCGUCAUCGCUAAGGUCAAAGGCAUUAACGUCAAGGAGGUAAACCAGGAAAACAAAACCGCUAUAUUUGGCGAGAUAUACGCGUCCAUUGACACUUUGGCAUUCACAUUUGGCAAUGUAGUGUCUGACUUUCUUAUGGGAGAUGUGGACAGCCAAUCAGGGUUGGGGAUCCCACCGACCAGGAGAAGCAGGUCUUCUGAGAAUCUCUCUGUGGAUUCUGGGAGAUGUGCUCCAGAGAAGGAUACUGGGUGGAAGAAUGAUCUAGUGGGCCCAGAGGUGGCGCUGUCUGAGGAGGAGGAGGAUGUUGACCUGACGCUGCAGAAGAACGACAGCGGGGUGGAGUCGGCUCUGCUCUAUGCCAAGGCCUGGUCUAAGUACACCAAAGAUCUGCUGGCCUGGGUCGACAAACGCCUGGGACUGGACAUCGAAUGUGCCAAGAGCUGUGCCAAAAUGGCAGAAUCUGCAAAGAUGCUUGCGAGUCAACAGGACUACAUGCCAUUCAGAGAGACCUAUAUCUCUACGUUUAAGAAUGACACAGAGUACAGCCAACUCCUCCUGCAGACUGCCACUGCCCUGCAGACCAACAAAUUCAUUCAGCCGCUGUUGUCCAGAAAGACUGAGCUGGACAAACUGAGGAAAGACCUCAACGAGCAGUGGCAGAGAGAACAGAAGAAAAUGCAAGAGUCCGAGGCGGCGCUGCGUAAGGCCCAGUGGGCCCAGACCCAGAGGACAGACGAGUACCAGAAGGCCCAGUCGUCAGCCAGCCGCUCCCAGGAGGAACAGCCCAGACAGCUGGACAAGAAGAGGAAACUGGAGGAGGAGGCUCUACAAAAGGCUGAGGAUGCGAGGGACCACUACAGAUCCUGUGUAGCUGAUGCAGGAACCAGGAGGGCAGAGCUGGCCAGCACCAAGACAGACAUCCUCACUCAGAUCAGAGAACUGCUGGCUCAGUGUGACCUCACACUCAAAGCUGUGACCGUCAACUGGUUCCAGCUGCAGCAGGCCCAGACCGUGUCUCUCCCCGGCCACUACCAGGCCCUGUGUGGAAACGCCAAGAUGUACGAGCCUGGACAGAAAUACGCAGAGUUUGUCAGAAAUCUACCCAAAGAUCAGAUACACAUGGAGUCCUUCUCCGUUGAUGGACGGUUUGCUUUGUUCAGCAAGCGUUCGCUGGGCAGCACGAGUUCCCAUGGUAACCUGUCCCAGGUGUCCCUGACCUCCGAUGACGUCCUGAGUGGGGACGAGGUGGACAGUCCCCUGGGGUCGCGACCUGGGAAGAGGUCCAACAGCGCCACAGACAUACAAGGUGACUUUAAACGCAGACUACCCAGAACCCCCUCCACUGGCACCAUGUCCUCAGCAGACGACCUGGACGAGAGACAACCAUACUCAGACAACGGUCUGGGUGAGAUGGUGACCGAGGCAGACGGUUCCCCUGGUCCGUUUCGUAAUGCCCAGAUGUCCAAGGCGUCUCAGACACACAAGCUGAGGAAACUCAGAGCGCCAUCUAAGUGCAGGGAGUGUGACAGUCUGGUGGUGUUUCACGGAGCAGAAUGUGAAGAGUGCUCCCUGGCCUGUCAUAAGAAGUGUCUGGAGACCCUGGCCAUCCAGUGUGGUCAUAAGAGGCUGCAGGGAAGACUACAGCUGUUUGGGAUAGACUUCACCCAGGCAGCGAAGAACAGCCCAGAUGGGAUCCCCUUCAUCAUCAGGAAGUGUACCUCUGAGAUCGAGGGCAGAGCGCUCAACCUCAAGGGAAUCUACCGUGUGAACGGGGCGAAGUCUCGUGUGGAGAAGCUGUGUCAGGCGUUUGAGAACGGCAAGGACCUGGUAGAGCUCUCUGACCUCUCACCCCACGACAUCGGCAACGUGCUCAAACUCUACCUGAGACAGUUACCAGAGCCGUUGAUCCUGUACCGUUACUAUAAUGACUUCAUCGGAUUGGCCAAGGAGAGCCAGAGGGUGAUCAUCGAAGAGAAGGCUGUAGCCAGGGCCCUCCAGGACCAGGGGCGGCCAGGGGGAGAACAACCCCGACCAGGAGGCACUCAGCCUGGAGUAGAGGGAGAGCAGCCUCCCCUGAGAACCAGCCAGCCUGGUGGAGACCAGCCCAGUAUCAAACUCAAUAGAGUCAUCUUUAAGAUUAGAGACCUGUUACGACAGCUACCGCCUGCAAACUACAAGACUCUCCGCUUCCUCAUUGCACACCUACACAGAGUGACAGAGCAGGCGGAGGAAAACAAGAUGACAGCCAGUAAUCUGGGUAUUAUUUUCGGCCCUACGCUGGUCAAACCACGACAGACUGAUGCAGAGGUUUCCCUGUCUUCUCUGGUUGAUUACCCUUACCAGGCACUGAUGGUGGAGUUGCUGGUACGUCACUACCAGAUGAUCUUUGACGUGGCCAGCCCCGUCUCCUCCUCUUCCUCCUCCUCCACGGCGGACCAGACCCGACUCACCCUUCAGGAGGAGCAGAGACUCAGCCUUCGCUCCGUCUCCCUGCUCGACAUCAAGGAGCAGAGCACCAAAGUCUGCAAGAGACACUCGUCGGUCAUCCCAUCCUCUCAUAUCCUGGAUGAGGUGAAGACAGGAAGGACUGGACCAGACAGGAGAGAGUUAACAGCCCUGGAGAGGCUCAACGGCGUCGGCUCUGCUGCUGCUGGUGCUCCCAAGGUGCAGAGGUCUACCCUUGUGUUUGGCCGUCCAAGCAUCAAUCUCACCUCCUCUACCUCCUCUACGGCCCCUCGGGUCCAACUUCGCUCCCAGCGCUCGAGAAUACUGUUCCGACCAAUCAGCAUGCCCUUGGAGCGCCUGCCCCUCCCCACCCCCUCCCAGGUCGUUGAGAGGAACAACCAGAACACCAACGACGCCGCCAUGUUGGAUCCCAUCGCUGACUCCACCACAGAGUCGGCCGAGCCGGAGAAGGAAACGCCUCGGAUUGGUGAGGGGUCAAGGGUCAGCACCUACUUUAUCACACCCUUCAAUCCCCAGCCCGUGCAGCGUAGGACCUGGGACAGGAAGUACAAACACUACGAUGUCACGCCGCGCACCGCCAUGAUCAUGGCUAAUUUACCGCCUGCCGGUGCUGGCCCCGGAACACAGCCGACGUUGCCGACACAACCAUCCGCAUCUGGGCCGACUAGCUCUGCUCUCCCAUCCAGUGGAAGUGUCGGCACCAUAUUCCCCAACAGCCCUUACACGUUAUCGGGGACGGCUGGCCAGGCGUCCAGAAGAGACAGAGAGGAGACAAAGGACAGGCCUAACUCUGCCGCUGGAGGUGGCGGGGAGACUAGAACCUCUACCAACUCCCCCAUAGCGUUCAGACAACCAAGGAAUCUGCAGCCUCCGCCCGGAACCUUCUACAAGCCUCCUGGUGGUUCUUCAGCUACGAGAGGCUGGCCAUCAUCAAGUACCUCUGGUACCACUAGCCCCAUCAAUAUGUCCCCAACUCCUACUGUUAAAACCUCUUGCCCGACCACUCCUAAUGUUAAAACCUCUUCUCCUACUGUCAAAACCUCUUCCCCGACUUCUACUACUGUUAAAACCUCUUCUCCUACUGUUAAAACCUCUUCUCCUACUGUUAAAACCUCUUCUCCUACUGUUAAAACCUCUUCCCCGACCUCUCCUACUGUUAAAACCUCUUCUCCUACUGUUAAAACCUCUUCCCCGACUUCUCCUACUGUUAAAACCUCUUCUCCUACUGUUAAAACCUCUUCCCCGACCUCUCCUACUGUUAAAACCUCUUCUCCUACUGUUAAAACCUCUUCCCCGACCUCUCCUACUGUUAAAACCUCUUCCCCUACUGUUAAAACCUCUUCCCCGACCUCUCCUACUGUUAAAACCUCUUCCCCGACCUCUCCUACUGCUCUCCUCCUCCUCACUUCCUCCCAUUCCUCCACCAUUACUUUCUCCUCUACCCCUAUGGUUACCACCACUAGCCCCAUCAAUAUGUCCCCAACUCCUACUGUUAAAACCUCUUGCCCGACCACUCCUAAUGUUAAAACCUCUUCCCCUACUGUUAAAACCUCUUCCCCGGAAGAGCAGGAAGCAGGAAGUCUCCCACUGUUGACGUCUGUAAGCAGGAAGCAGGAAGUCUACCCACUGUUGACGUCUGUAAGCAGGAAGUCUCCCCACUGUUGACGUCUGUAAGCAGGAAGUCUCCCCACUGCUGACGUCUGUAAGCAGGAAGUCUACCCACUGCUGACGUCUGUAAGCAGGAAGUCUACCCACUGUUGACGUCUGUAAGCAGGAAGUCUCCCCACUGUUGACGUCUGUAAGCAGGAAGUCUCCCCACUGCUGACGUCUGUAAGCAGGAAGUCUCCCCACUGUGGAUACUGUCACAUUGUCGUGUCUCCUUCUACAGCCCCCAAGAAAACAGUUUUUACAUAUGUGUGUCUGUAAAUCAUUUCUACAGUGUGUAUCUCUGUGCCAGAUUGUAUAUUGGGAAAAUAACUAGUAUUUUGAUGUCAGAAGAAGUGUGAAAGGUAGACCAGGAAAGUGUUAACUACAUGUGUUUUAAUAUAAUAUAGUGUCGGGCCAGUAACCGAAAGGUUGCUGGAUCGAAUCCCCGAGAUGACAAGGUAAAAUUCGCAUCUGAACAAGGCAGUUAUAACCCCUCUGAUUCAAAUGCGGAAGACACACUUCAGUUGAAUGCAUUUGGGGUGGGUCCAAAAUGGAACUGGGACUUAAAUGAAGUUAUUUUUCUCAAUGAAAUCGUGUACUCAGUUCUUGUAGUCAUGUUAGAGAGAGAAACAAUUAAUUAGUUCUAUUGGGAAUGAAAUACAAUUUUAGUUUUUUUUGUUUUAUACAAUGAAUGAUACAGUGUACGGUAUUUGUUUCUAUCCACAUGAUACACUUACUUAAUUCAGGGUCAAUGUUUUUUUUUUUUUCAAAACAAAAAGUGUAUUGUGUUGUAUUACAUUCCACAGUGAAUGGAUGGAAGCCUUAUUUUAUUUUUUACCCAUAGUCCCGUUCAGAUUAGCAUCUGAUACCUCAUGUCAUGUCUUUGUAACCUACCCGGUUACGUUUUAUAUACGUUACUUUGAAACUGCUCGUUUUGUUGCGUUGAAUUAUUUGUCAACGUCUUGUGACCAUACAGAAAGACGUGCAAAAAUACAUCAAAUUAAAAGUAUAGCUGAAACUUUACUUGAGUGUUGACAUUUUAUUUUUGUUGUUAUUAGCAAAUGUCCAAUAAAGUUGUUAACAAUGAA